AUGGCGUGGACGCAAGCGAGGAGGACAGGUGUACAGGACGGGCGGACGGACAGGGCGGAGUCCUACUCCUACAAGAAGUGGAUGGCGGCAGCGGAAACGGCGGCGGCGGCAAAUCGGGAAGAAAGAAGCAACGCGACCCAGAUGGAACGGACAGAGGAAUUGGGAGGAGAUGAAGAGGAUGCGAUGCGAUUACUCAAUCCUGGCGGAAUCCGGGUGGAGGAAGCGGACGCCACAGAAAUCCUGGGAGGGAUUAAAGCGCGCGCCCCACGCCCCCACGAGUAUGAUUGCGACGCGGGCGAGAGUGAGAGCGGAGGAGGAGGGGUUUGGUUGGGGAUUGAAGAAGGGAGAGAGACUGCCGCAGGAGAGAAGCACGGUUCCGGUGUCAGAGCUGGAGCCCCCGAGGCGGAGCCACUAUUUUGGGCUCCCACUCCUCUGGUUGGGAGCCAGAAGCGCUCCUCGCCCGCGUGGUGUUUGGUGCGGCUCCGUGGCUCCGUGCCGGAGCUCGCGGAGGAGUCGGUGCGGGAGACGCACUAA